AUGGAUAUCCCCUCGAAUUGUUCGUUUGAUGGUGCGUUUGUACCUUCAAAAGAAAGUCAACUGACUCCAUGGUCAAUAAGCUUCUUGGUCCUACUUCUCAAUUCUCUUGCAUUAUAUCCGACAUAUAAAUGGAACAGGUUCAGUCUUAUUUCAGCAAUAUGGGCUCUUGUUGGUAGUAUGAUAUCUAUAAUACGUGUAUGCGCUGCAAAGCAAGCUCCAAUGUCUGUAGCGCGUAGUAUGCCUUUCAGCUUACCUAUGGCAAUUGGUUCUAGUAUUAUCAGACUUACCCUUGAAGAUGGAAAUAAAGGAUUUAAAGAAAGGUGGAAAACUUUAUUUGCGGUGGUGAAUGGGAAAAGUCCCGAGUAUACUGUUAUAGAAUCAAGUACGGGCAAUUUGGAAGAAACAUUUAAUCAAGGAAUGGUAAAACAAUCAAAUAAUUUAUCCGAAAGAUCCAAAUUGCGUCAUCGAAUUGAAGAAAUAACAAGACUGAUAGCAUUGAUCAUUGAUAUCAUAUCAAUGACAGUAGGUGUGUUCCGUGUGUGGAUAUGGUCACUUCCGGUUGAAGCUACAAAUGAUUACAUAUGUUAUGCCAGCAUUCCAAAAGGUGUUUCUGCCACCAAAGUAGCAGAUUGUGCUUUUUCUACCAUGGAUUGGAAGAAUGUUUAUAUUACCGAUGAGUGUGUACAACCUGGACCUAUAAUUGGGACGGUUCUUAUCUACGUAUAUACAUUUAUUUACGGAGCAGUGAUUCUUGGGAUAGUUGUAAUGCGUGGAUAUUUCAUCUGGGCAUUUGGUGGUGUUGGGUCUGGAAUCUUGAUAGUUUUCUCCGGAAUGCAGUCUGGGUAUUCGACACUUGAUUAUGGUGUUUUGCUUAUUGAAAAAUUGUUAAAUCCUUAUAAAGCACAAGUAAUUACUGGAGACAGUUUACUUGCCUUAUGGUGGCAUCGAUUUGGUUUUGUACAAUG